AUGUACUCAUCACAUCGCGGGAUGGUACCUGCCCCGAACAGCCGCUUGACGGAGCUUUUGGAGCAGGUCCGACAGGAGUUUGCGGAGCAGCAAUCUAGGUCCAGCGAGUAUGAGCACAAGAUUCAGCAGCAGAUUCAAGAAAUGGAUCUGGUCAGACAGACAGUUUUCCAAUUAGAAGCAGCCCAUGGUGCCAUGAAACAAAAGUAUGAGGACGAAAUCGCUCGGCUUAAUCGAGAGUUGGAUGCGCGUGGCGGUGCACAUGUUCCACCGCAUGGCUCCCAAAAUGCUGGCCCUUCUGCCCAACCUCCUCCACCUUCUCUCCCAGCUGGUGCCGGUCUGUUUGUGGCUCGUUUGUCAAUGGUAAGAAACACUUCGUUUCCUCACCACAUAACACCCUCCUCAACUACUCAUUUGAUUUCCCCUAAUUACCCCUCCCGCUCGAAAAUACCUAUCUCUUAUAACGGACUGGCUCCAGUGCUAACUUUUGCUCGGGCACCUCAACCUACGGCCUCUCCCGGGCCUGGUAAGGGCAGGCGUCCCGGCGGACCGGGCGGGCCAGCCACCCCACAACAAAAUCAACCACCAAACUAUAAUUCCGACCCACGGAGCUCCCCACAAGUUGCCCGUCCGCGAUCACCAGCCAGCUGUCUUGGCGAUCUUGAAUACGAUAGAGUACCUCCUAACCAGAAAAAGGAAGGGCCUGAUUGGUUUGCAAUUUUCAAUCCCAAGGUUUCUCGGCUUUUGGAUGUCGAUCUGGUCCACACUCUGGAGCACAAUAGUGUUGUGUGUUGUGUAAGGUUCAGUCAGGACGGGAAAUAUGUUGCCACUGGUUGUAACCGAAGUGCUCAAAUUUUCGAUGUUAAAAGCGGAACUAUGGUCUCCCGCUUGCAAGACGAGACGGUCGAUAGGGAUGGUGACCUCUAUAUCCGAAGUGUCUGCUUCAGUCCCGACGGGAGAUACCUUGCUACAGGAGCCGAGGAUAAACAAAUUAGAGUGUGGGAUAUCCAGAACCGUACGAUUAAACAGACUUUCCAUGGUCAUGAACAGGAUAUUUACUCCUUGGAUUUUGCUCGCAACGGAAGGCACAUUGCUUCCGGUAGUGGCGAUCGCACUGUUCGGGUGUGGGAUAUUGAAUCCGGUCAAAAUGUUCUUACUCUUAGUAUCGAAGAUGGGGUAACCACUGUCGCUAUCUCUCCUGAUGGUCGGUACGUUGCAGCAGGCUCUCUCGAUAAGAGUGUUAGAGUCUGGGAUGCUCAGACCGGCUACCUGGUUGAGAGGCUCGAAGGCGCCGAAGGUCACAAGGAUAGUGUGUACAGUGUAGCCUUCGCUCCUAAUGGAAGAGACCUGGUUUCUGGUUCUCUUGAUAAGACGAUCAAGAUGUGGGAGUUGUCGGCGGCGAGAGGGCUUAUGCCAGGUGGAGGUACUAGCCGCGGCAAAUGCGUCAAAACCUUUGAGGGACAUAAGGACUUUGUUCUUAGCGUCGCCUUGACACCUGAUGGAAACUGGGUUUUGAGUGGCUCGAAGGAUCGUGGUGUGCAGUUCUGGGAUCCUCGGACUGCGAGUGCGCAACUCAUGCUACAGGGUCACAAGAAUUCUGUUAUCUCUGUCGCUCCAAGCCCUUCGGGUGGUCUUUUUGCAACCGGUAGCGGUGAUAUGCGUGCGAGGAUCUGGAGCUACGAGCCAUAUCACUCACAAUCUAAUCCCCUAUAAGGCUGGGCGAAAGUAUUGGUAUCUGGACGGUUGGCGUGGCGGGAGAUUUGAUACGCUGCAUGCCCUGAAAAGUUCUGCUGUCGUUUUUAAGGGUGACAGUUCUCAAUGUAUUUUCAAACUAAGGUUUUUUCAUUUAGGGUUCUCAAAUGCUGUAGGUAUUUGUAUUUUUGGUUUGUUUUGUUUCUGUAUUUCCCUUUUCAUUUUCCUCCUUUUUUUUUUUUUUUUAUGCGGUGAUGUAUGGUGGUGGAUGCGGGGGGAGGUUGCGGGAAGGGUGCUGAUGAGGUUAUCAACUCCCGCAGCCCCUGGAAUCAUGGGAUGAACCGCACUCUGCGAAACCACUAAACAAAGAAGGCGUCUAUUCUGUGUUAAUGAGAGGACGAAGUUAUUGGUGUGAGAGAGAA